AUGUCAACAACAUCAAAAAAUAAAGAAACUGGUCCGGCUCGUUUACAACUUUUGGUUGACAAAAUUACUAAAUCUGGUUCCAAUCAACCUGAUUGUUUACUCGUUGAAGAAACCAUAAAUAUAUGCUGCACGUCAAGUUCUACUGUCUCUGAUCUGUUUCGAUUUGCUACUGUUCAGUUACGCCGCAAUCAUGCUCAAAUCCGACUUGGCGUGUUGAGGCUACUUAGAUUGUUAUCUUCUCCUCAAGCGAUUGUUCGUCAGCUAACACUAAAUAUGAAUGAUGCAGUCAAAUUUAUUCCUUUAGCGAAAUGUCUUCGUAACUUAAUUUUGGAUAAUUUACAGGACACUUUUUCACAUAUGAUACGGUUAGAAUCUCAUUCUGCACCAAUCCUAUUACCUAAAGAAGCUGCUAAAGAACUGCGAAUCGAAGCAAUAGAAUUUCUGCUUGACUGGGAGUAUGAAUUAACACAAGGAAACUUCGAUGUUACUCCUUGGAGUCCUGAUCCAUCUCCACCUCUACCAUGGGUACCAUCACAGAGAGCCAAAGGUCAAUUGAAAGCAUUUUUAAAUUUUCUCAGUUUAGAUAGUCGACCAUUAGGCAACGGCAGUUGUGGAUAUUGUCCAACAAAACAGCUCAUACAAAACAUACGGGAACAACGUGAACGAAAAUCUCAAUCAUUCAAGAAUAAAUUAAUAAAAUCUCGUCGUCGUCUUAAUAAUUGCUUGAAGGAAAUCGAAGAAUACAGCGAAUCAGUGGAAGAAAAUUUAGUCUCUUUGUCAACUAUACUAGAUAUACUGGUUCCAAAUCCUAUUUCUGAGUCUAACGAAGGGGAUAAAAUGAAAACAAUCGCUAAUCAAUCGGAGACUGACUAUAAAUCUAUCGAGACUAUGAACUCGUUUGAUGCUUUACGUUUGCAUGGGUGUCUUCCUGGAAGUUCAAGUGGCUUCGGUUUGGGUUCUACACUUACUAUUGAAAUCCAGUUGCCUUGUAAUAGUCAAUUCAAUUCAUUCAGGGAUUCAUUUGAACCGAAAAUUUACAUUAAACGCUCGGCAGAAACAAAAGAAUUAGAAGAUUCAGCUAAAUCUUUCGCUCAUUUAGCAGCAGAAAAGCAUAAACCUAAACUUAUGAAUUGCUUACAAACUUUGGAAAGUAUGCACUCAAUGGAUUUUAAUGCAAAACUUUCUUCUAAACGGAAUGAAAAAAUCAAAAUUAUUAAACAGUGGAUUAGUCGAAUUGAAACGUUGACUUCUUUAUUCUAUGAUCGAAUAGAAUUCAUUGAUGAUGCACCUGUGCAUUGUGUAAAUAAUUCUGUCCAAUCAUCCAAUUUAUUAAUUCAGUCCGAUAGUACUCCUGUUUCUAGUGAUGAGAGUGAUUUUGAGGAGGUAGUCAGCACUACAUCUGAUCAUCAUAAUUCACCAUGUUAUCCAAGUUCGUCACAUGAGAAUUUAUGCGAAAAAAAUGAAUCGAUUAACUGCAGAAGUUUGUCCGUCGUUAAGGAUGAUACCAACCAACAAAUAGUUCAGUCAUCAAAUGAACAUCUGUCGAAAUCUCAAAAGCGGGAGGCCCUUGUAACCAGUUCGACAUUGAGUGACCUGCAUAACCUUAUUUCUUGUGAUGUCACAGCAACCUCCCUUACAUCAUCUUGCAAGGAUAACGAGUCUGUUCACCGUUUUUGGAAACCUAUUGAUGCAGAAGAAUAUGAUACACCAAAAGAGUAUCUUGAUUCAGCUAUUUCGUGGUUUUCAACGAAUGAUGCUCAAUGUCCUCCUCCAAGUGCUCAUUCUGAAUCUCCUCCAAAUUCAAUUGAAUGUAAACAAAAUGAGAUCAAACAGGUUGACUUCUCAGUGACCCCCCGAAGUCUAUUCUGUUGGGCUCCUUUGUUGUCUGGUUCGUUGUGCCAACGACGUGACUCCAGCGGCCGAUGUCCCAUACAUGGCAGAAUUGUUAAACGCGAUAAGAUAUCUGGAAGACCAAUCGAUAUUAAUGAUAGAAGACUUAUCCAAGCAGAAAUGGAAUCCAAGAGGUUGGCUAGACAAAAAAAAUUAGAUGAACAAAGAAAGAAAGAAAAUAGAAGACAUUACCCAGGUCUUACUAAUAUAUCAAAAAAGGCAACAGGUGUUCGCGGGCGCCUAAAGGCAAAUAUAAUGACCAAGAAAUCUAUUAAAGAAAUCCUUAGAAACAUUAAAUAA